CAGUCAUUCGUUGUCUGGUCAUAUGGGGUGUUGUACAAGAAGAAAACAAACAAACAAAGUCGUUUUCACUUUUAGAAAGAUUUUUAAAAUGGAGAAAACAGUAUGUAUAAUAGGUGCUGGGGUCGCAGGUCUGGCCGGAAUCAAACACUCACUGGACGAAGGAAUGACCCCAAUCUGCUUCGAGAAGGAUACCGAUCUGGGCGGAAUUUGGAACUACCGUGACGUCUCUCAACAGGGAUAUCCUAGUCUGUACAAAUCCUGCGCUAUUAACACCAGCAAAGCGAUGACGUGUUACAGCGAUUUCCCGAUUCCCAAGGAUUUCCCGAACUUUAUGCACCACACCUUCUUCAAGAAAUACCUACAGCUCUAUGCAGAAAAUUUUGGUCUUCGGAAGUACAUUAACUUCGCGCAUCGCGUAGAACGAGUAAGUAAAGCAGACGACUACCAAGAGUCCAGUGAUUGGAUCGUCACCGUGCAAAAUCUAAAGACGGGAAGCUUAGAAUCGAAAAGAGUUAACUUUGUGCUAGUAGCAAAUGGCCAUCUCUAUCAACCAAAUAUUCCCAAGUUUCCAGGACUGGACAGAUUUCAAGGGAAGGUCUUGCACACUCAUGAUUACAAGGAGUUUAAAGAAUUUGAGGGAAAGAAUGUUUUAGUUGUUGGUGUUGGAAACUCAGCAAGUGAUAUUGCAUGUGAACUAAGUCGCCAUGCUCAACAUGUGUAUGUGAGUACCAGAAAAGGAACAUACGUUGUACAGAGAAUAAGCCAUCAGGGACGCCCUCUGGAUCAAGUGGCCGUAACUCGGUUUUCUCAGUCGCUACCAUGGAAGUACCUGCGUCCUAUACAGUUCAAAAAGUUCAACAGUCGGUACGAUCUGGCUAAAUAUGGGCUUGCUCCAAAUGGUCCUUUUCGCUUAACAGGGAUUACUAUAACCGAUGAACUUCCGGAUCGGAUUAUGCUGGGAGCAAUCACAAUUAAAACAGACGUAGAAUACUUCACAGAAAAUGACGUCAUAUUUACAGACGGAACCAAAGUGAAAGGCAUUGAUGCUGUUGUAUUUGGUACCGGGUAUUUACACGAUUUCCCAUUUCUGCCAGACGGAUUGAUCAGAAUUGAGAAUCAGUUUCCCUAUCUGUAUAACCAUAUUUGGCCCGUUUCCUUAGAACCUUCCACGUUAGCUAUUGUGGGACUAGUGCAGCCAUUUGGCGCACUUCCAGCCAUUUUGGAGAUGCAAACGAGAUGGGUACUGCGAGUCUUUGCUGGUCAUUGUAAACUUCCACCUGCUCCGAAGAGACAUCAAGAGGUUGAACGAAGGCUGGCAAUAAUCAACGCUAGUCUUGAUUUGUCUCCCAGGCAUUUCAUUGUCGUUAACGCGAUAGGGUACAUGGAUAAGCUUGCAAAUUUUAUAGGCUGCAAACCAAAGCUUCUGACAUAUUUCUUCACGGACAAUGCCCUCUGGAGAAAAUUGGUUUUUGGACCUUGCACACCUCCCCAGUGGCGACUUUGUGGACCAGGAAAGUGGACAGGCGCACGAGCGGCUAUUGAAAGCGUUGAAGAGAACUUGUGGUACCCACUGAAAACUCGCGAAGCAGGAGUCAAUAUGACAGUUGGGCUCUAUGAUGAGUGGCUCAGUUUGCUGCCAAAAGUGGCUUUAAUCUUCCUCGCUUUGAAAAUUAUCAAGUUCUGGGUAUCUAACAAAAUAUUUUUCCUAAAGUCCAAUUAGAUCAAUCCUAUAGUAUGCCUGAUAGAGCCGUUAGGAAUAAUAGUCAUAAAAUAUUUGGUUCAGGUAUUUUUUGGACAUCUUUAGAUAUUUUCUGCACACACAUACACAAACACACACAUACACAAACACAGAUAUAUAUAUAUAUAUAUAUAUAUAUAUAUAUAUAUAUAUAUAUAUGCGUACAUUUUGAAAAUGCCCAAGAGCAAUUUAUAAACUUGUAUUUGCCCACAUAGUAUCUAUACGAAUUAAGCGAAAUCAAAAUGGGGCAAAAUUUCCCAGUAUACAGUAAUAUGAAGCAAUGGCUACUUUUGACAUGAGGAUGUCAAGUGCAU